AUGGGUCCAGAUCAACAUGCGCAAUUGGAUGGCUUUGGGCUGGUCUUCCCCUUCCCUAUUCGCAUAGCGGCUGUCUUGGUUGCAGGUUUCUGGGGAUGGGCCCUUAACCUACACUACCUGUCCAAAGUUGACAUCGACGUCCCUCGUCUAAUCCAAUAUCCUUCCCAUGACCCCAAAGCCCAACCACCACAACGACCACACUACCUCGGAGCCUACCGCUUAGCCACCAUCUUCACUAUCCCUCUAACUCUCUGGCUCGUUGUCACCUGGGCCGCCACGCACAGCUCUCGAGAGUUGGUAGAACGCCUCGACUUCAUUCCGCUGUCGGUCUUUAUUAUCCUCCUUCUGAUCCUUAUCUGGCCUUUAAAUCGUGCCUCCCGCGCCGGCCGGAUCCGGUUUCUCCUGACAUUAAAGCGGGUCGCCAUCGGUGGUUUGUCGGAGCCCCAGAAUGGCAAGUUUGCUGACGUUCUGCUGGCGGAUGUCCUGACAAGCUAUGGUCGCAUUUUGGGUGAUCUCUAUGUCAGCUUCUGCAUGUUUUUCACCGACGGCAUUUCGGCCACCUCCAAGCCGAACCGUGCUUGUGGCAAGGAUUUCAUUGUCCCAAUCAUUAUCGCGGUCCCGAGUGUCAUUCGACUACGCCAGUGUCUAACAGAAUACGUGCGGGCUCGGCGAACAGCGAAUGCGGAUCCCAGCCACGGCAACCAACACCUGGCUAACGCACUGAAGUAUGCGUCCGCAUUCCCGGUCAUCUGGCUGGCCGCAAAGAUGCGAAACUACAACCCGCUGGACUUUCACGGAUUCAGCGAGAUGACCAUUAUGCGUCUUCUUUUCCUCUUCUCAUUCAUCAACUCGAGCUAUUCAUUCUGGUGGGACGUCGUAAAGGAUUGGGAUAUGACUCUGUUCUCCCCUCAACGCCGCGACAGCCGUUAUCCGUUCGGACUGCGCAAACACCGCUACUUUAGCUCCGACCGGUUGUACCACUACGUCAUCAUCGCAGACUUUCUCCUCCGUUUCUCGUGGCUUUGGCGCGUGCUGCCGGGACUCGCGUGGCUCCCGGAAACCGAAAGCGGUCUGUUCAUACUCAUGGUUGGCGAAGUGGCUCGACGUUGGAUGUGGGUGUUUUUCCGAAUUGAAGCCGAAGCGAUUCGAAACGAUCACGGAUCUGGUUCUCACGACCUUCACCUCCCUAAAUACAACGGGAACGGCAAAAUAACAUCGGAUUGA